AAUCGCGGAAUCGUCGCGUUUUUAAGCAGGAGCGGAUAACAGGUAGCUUCAGUAAGAAGCUGGAUCCAGCCGCGAUUAGUUUAGAUGUAGGACGAGUCGACUGAUCUGCGGGAGGAAAAGCAUAAUUUAGAUGACUCUGGUCUGAAAGCAGAGGCUGGAUCUGUAAUCCUGUACGUGGAUUUCGCUUUGGAUUAUUGUGUUAAUAACGUUCCUGUAAAUUACCGUCGGAAGUUGCAUUCGGAGUCAAUAGGAGGUAGCUACAUUUAUGUCCAGUCCAAAUUGUUAACAUUUGACAUCGGAACCUAUGAAAUGCAAUUUAAUCUGUCAUUUUUAUAUUAGAGAUGAAGCAGUCUAAUCAAACGCGUUUCCCCCAAGUUAAUCGUAAAAACCCACGGCGUGUGCAUGUAUCGUUCAUUGUGUGUUUUAUUUAUGACCGUUAACGAUAGUUAUAUUUAUUUGCACUUGUUCAGAAAUGUAUUUCCCCGUUUUAUGUGUAUAGGCCUUAUGCGUCGUGACGUCAUUACUUGGCAUAGCUCGUGCGAAGCAUGUGCUCAGCCCGAUCGUCUCAGAAUGUUCCCCUGAUCCUUUCGGGUGAAACGAAUUAAUAUCGCAAUAUUUUUUUUUUUUUUUUGAAACACGAAUUACUCUGUAGCUUUCACAAACUUUGACUGCAGUUAUGAACAGCUUGAGAAUAAUUGCGAUUCAGUUUUAGUUUCGUUUUGGUUGCAUUCAGUGUUCCUCGAGAAACCCGGAUGGAAUUUAGUUUUAUCCGGGUUACUAUUAUCCGGCUUCAAAGUCUGAAUGUGAGUACGACAUCUGAAGAAAAAAACCCAUCAGCCUGGAUUUACUAGAGGUGUGAAUGUUUGAAAUGCCUGCAGUAUGGCAUCCGCACGGCAGUCUGCUACAGAGUACCUCAGAAACGCCAGGAAAGACCUGGUGACUCAUAUGAAAAACCUUCCUCUGAUCAUCGAGAAUCUUUAUCAGAAGCAGGUUUUCAGUCACGAUGAGGUCGAUGCUCUCAAAGCUGAGAGGACAGAGUUUGAUCAAGCCAGAUGUGUACUGGAUUGGGUCGUUAACAAAGGUGAUACGGCCAGUUAUGAAUUUCUCCAGGUUCUGGAUGUCACUAAGAAGAGGACAUUGGAUCCUGGUUUACACUUCUGGAUCAGCUGUUCUCCCUUCAGAGAUGAAGACGCAGAGCCCAGCUGUUUAUUUGGUACAAAGCCCUGUCAGAUCUACCAGACACAGCUCAAGGUGAAAGCAAAAAGUAUCCUGAAGAACCAAAGCAAAUAUCUGGGUGACAAUGUACAAGGAAACUUCAGUUUUACACCUCUUGUUAUAAAGACCGACUCUGUCAUACACACACAAUACAAAAUAAAAUUGAAAAUUAAAAAAUGUAAAAAACUACGUCCCAAGAAGCUAAGAGCUUACAAUCCUAACGAGGAAAAAGAGUUAUCACCUGACGACCUCCUGAGAUGGCCGGACAAGAACAUCCUCAUCAUCGGCAAACCUGGAGUAGGAAAGACUUCAGUUGUCCAGGAAAUGCUGCGUCUUUGGGCAGAGAAGGGUGACAGACAGAUAGACUACAUGUUUUACUUUGAUCAGAGUGUUUUGGCCCACAGUAGUGUUGCCAGCUUGGAGUCUCUCUUGUUUGAGGUCUACUCAAAACCAAUGGAAGAAGACAAAAAAGACAUAUUUCAAGAUAUUGAGGAAAACUCUGAGAAUGUUGUCAUUGUGUUUGAUGGUGUGACGGAUUUUGAAGAAAAAUCCAUCUUAUGGAAGAUAAUGACGCACGAACUCCUGCCGGAUGCCAAGAUUGUGAUCACAUGCAGAUCAGAGGAGGAAGAUGAUCCUCUUUUCUCUGACUGGCCGACACGGACCGUGUAUGUACAAGGAUUCAGUGAAUGGUCUAUCAGCACUUACUAUCAGAAGAUGUUGGGUCAUGAUCCUGUUCUUGUGGAAGCUGUUUUGAAGAAUCAAGAGCUGUUCAGCCUUAGCCACAUGCCAAUGUAUGCAUCUAUGAUUGUAGACUUCAUUAAGUUUAAAAAUGUCACUGAAUGCAACUAUCAUCACACAGUCACUGAAAUAUACAUCCACAUUUUCCGUCUUGCUGUGAAGAAACAUGGGAAUAAACAAAAUAAGGAAAUAGAUAAGUACCUAAAGGAGAAGAAGGAUCAGAUUCAUAGAUUGAUGGAAAAUGCUUUCAAUGGCACUAUGCAGAAGUGCCUGAACCUUUCAGAUUUUAGCAGUGAUGAGACGGACAUUUGUCAUGCUUUUCUGAAAAUGAUCACAACAACAGACUCUCCAACAUCUGCAACUACAUAUUGUGCGUUUCUCCAUAACACAAUGCAGGAAUUCUUCUCGGCUUUGUGGCUUCUUGGACAUCCAGAUGAUAUUGAGAAAGUCCUACAGCUCUGUCAGACUGAGGAGCAUAAACACAUGAGACAUGUUCUUCCUUUCUUAUGUGGACUUCUGAGUGAACACCACACCAGACUCCUCAAGUGUCUCUUCCAAGAGGAUCAGAUAAAGGAAACAUCUGACUGGCUGAUUGAGAAGCUUUUGGACACAUUUCUUCAACCUCAGAGUGAAGAGUUUGAUCUUCUCUAUGUGUGUCAGUGCUUGUAUGAGCUCCAGUCUCCUAAAGCCUGCUUAAUGUUCCUGGAGAAGAUGAACCAUCAGAUUGAACCAGAAGUGGAUCUCGAUUCUCAUCAGAGUUGUGCUCUGUCUUACGUGAUCGGUCAGUCCAGAGAUAAAGAGGUUAAUCUGAAUCUGGACGACUGUGACGUUACUGAUGUAGGAAUGAUCAUGAUGCUCAGCUGCUCACCAAACAUCAGGUUAAAGACUUGUAAAGAACUCCUGAAGCAAAUCACGUUCUUUGUAGAAUUUUUCCAUAAAUCAUCUCAUUGCGAAUGCAAACUUCUUGCGGUGAGAGAACAAUACAACCCAGAAAAAUGCAAUGCUCUGCUGGAUCUGUGCGCUCAUGUGAAGAACUAUGAGACUCAAACAGACAGGAGUUUUCUUCCAGCAUUACAGUCAGUUUUCCAGUCACCUGAUGAAUGGAUCAUAGAUCUCUCAAAGAGAAAGAUCUCCGUCCUCCUGGAAGUGCUGAAGCUCCAGACAGAGAAGAAACCAGUGAAGCUGAGAUGUUCAGAGGAAGAGAGUGACGUGAAGAGUUUCCUUCAGUGUCUGCAGCACAUCUCACAGCUGAGAUUCUCUGAUCCGAGUGAAAGCAGAUUUUUUCUGAGUCUCUUCAUGAAAGCAGCAGAGAUUGAGACACAGACAGGAGAACAGAUGCUGGAACAGUUAGCAUCAGUCUGCGCCAGCUUUUCUGGUUAUGGAUGGACUUACAUAUUUAAUAAUAUCGAUUUCCUGCUGGAUCUGUUCUCUCAUGUGAAGAACUAUGAGACUCAAACAGGCAGGAGUUUUCUUCCAGCAUUACAGUCAGUUUUCCAGUCACCUGAUGUCUGGAUCAUAGAUCUCUCAAAGAGAAAGAUCUCCGUCCUCCUGGAAGUGCUGAAGCUCCAGACAGAGAAGAAACCAGUAUAUCUGAUAUGUUCAGAGGAAGAGAGUGACGUGAAGAGUUUCCUUCAGUGUCUGCAGCACAUCUCACAGCUGAGGUUCUGGUUCACUGAUGAUGAAGAAGGAAGGAUGUCUGGAGUCAGAUUGCUGCUGAAUCUCUGUGUUGCUGCAGUAGAAACUGACAGAUGUACAGGAACAAGAUUCUCCACUCUGCUGUCAUCUGUGUGCAGCUACAAAACCUUCCCUUUUGAUGAAGAGAGAGAUGAUUAUGUUGUUCAUUAUCAGAGUGAUUUCCUGCUGGAUCUGUGCUCUCAUGUGAAGAACUAUGAGACUCAAACAGGCAGGAGUUUUCUUCCAGCAUUACAGUCAGUUUUCCAGUCACCUGAUGAAUGGAUCAUAGAUCUCUCAAAGAGAAAGAUCUCCGUCCUCCUGGAAGUGCUGAAGCUCCAGACAGAGAAGAAACCAGUCGAGCUGAUAUGUUCAGAGGAAGAGAGUGACGUGAAGAGUUUCCUUCAGUGUCUGCAGCACAUCUCACAGCUGAGGUUCUGGUUCACUGAUGAUGAUGAAGCAAGGAUGUCUGGAGUCAGAUUGCUGCUGAAUCUCUGUGUUGCUGCAGUAGAAACUGACAGAUGUACAGGAACAAGAUUCUCCACUCUGCUGUCAUCUGUGUGCAGCUACAAAACCUUCCCUUUUGAUGAAGAGAGAGAUGAUCAGAAUGAUUUCCUGCUGGAUCUGUUCUCUCAUGUGAAGGACUAUGCGACUCAAACAGGCAGGAGUUUUCUUCCAGCAUUACAGUCAGUUUUCCAGUCACCUGAUGAAUGGAUCAUAGAUCUCUCAAAGAGAAAGAUCUCCGUCCUCCUGGAAGUGCUGAAGCUCCAGACAGAGAAGAAACCAGUAUAUCUGAUAUGUUCAGAGGAAGAGAGUGACGUGAAGAGUUUCCUUCAGUGUCUGCAGCACAUCUCACAGCUGAGUGUUAGCUAGAGAGUGAUGUAUUCGGACCAUUCACUACAUCUGAUCUUAUUUUAUCAUGAACACCUGAAUCCAAGCUCAGUUUUUGUGCAGGGUGAGAUACAGCUGGCCGUGGGUCUGGAUACUUAUCUGUAGAUAUUUGAGCUCAAAUUAUGGGUGUAUUUAUGGGGUGUUCUUAUAGAUUCAACCAGCAGAUGCUACAGAAGUACAUGUGCUAAAUGAUGUAGCUGACAAUAACGGUUAACUGUUAACACUAGUCAUGAUGGUGUCAGUAGAUCAAUAUGAUUAAUUAUACUUACUUUUUUUGUCAUUUAAUUGAGGUAAUAAUAAUAAUAAUAUUAAUAGUAAUUUUUAAUUAUAUAGCACCUUUCCAGAGCUCAAGGAUACUUUACAAUAAACAUCAGAAAUGUGAUGUUUACAGAAAGUAAAGUGAACAUCAGACAUCCAGAGAGUAAUAUAUAGAUAAGACAAUACAAGACAGAGUCGUCCUCCUGUUGGUGUGAGCAGUCAGUGAGAGUCACCUGUGUAGGGGAUGACAGCCGAAGGAGGUCCGUCCCUGAACUUUUCCCCCCGUCAAAAAAGACCAAGUCUGUUGUAUGGGAAUUUUUCAGGUAAGGUAGACCAACCGUGUUCUGUACAGAUGACAUUUUAGCAGCGAUCGCGAAACAAAUACUUCCAGGUCGAACAUAAACUAUAUUUGUGUCAUAUUCAUUUCUCCCUCUCUCAACCACCCGCCAUUUGUUUCAGUGUUGAAAUAAAUAUGAUUUGGCUUGCUACCCAGGC